GGAUAUGAACCUGCCACCUCCGGCAUAUGGGGCUGGCACCCUAGCCCUUUAAGCCACAGGCACCACCCUCCUUACUUCUUUCUAUGUUUCAGGGAAUGACUUCAGAAGUGACAGAUUAGCGUUAGAAGUAUCCUGAAAGAGCAUCUGAUACAACUUCAACCCCCUUUGGUUAGAGACAGGAAAGCAAUUUUUCCAAAGUGAUACAGCUAGAUAAUAAUGGCAUUUAGAGCACUUUUGAUGUGCUAAGGACAUUUUAAAGGCUUGAACUCAGCUAGGUAUGGUGGCUCACAACUAUGAUGCUAAUACUCUGGGAGGUUGAGGUGGGUGGAUUGCUUGGACUCAGGAGUUCAACACCAGCCUGAGCAAGAGUGAGACCCCAAAACAGAAAAACUAGCUAGGCAUUGUGACAGGCAUCUGUAGUCCCAGCUCCUUGGCAGGCUGAGGCAAGAGGAUCAUUGAGCCCAGGAGUUUGAGGUUGCUGUGAACUAUGAUGGGAAGGCACCCUAGCCUGGGGCAACAAUGAGACUGUCUUAAAAAAAAAAAUGCUUGAGCUCAAUCUUUGCAACUCUGAGACAGGUGUUAUCAUCCUUGUUCCACAGAUGAAGAAACUGAGGACAGGAAAGUCAAGUGCCUGUCCCAAGGUCUCCUAGCUAGUAAGGAGGAGCCUGAGAGCAGAGCUAGAGCCUGCUCCUAGGUUUUUGGCUUGGGCUGGAAGGGGUGUGUGUGUGUGUGUGUGUGUGUGUGUGGUUCUUGCCCCUCUGUCACCAGAGGCAGCCUUCCAGUACAGCUCCAACCACCACUGACCACAACAGGAGGUCACCAUAGUUCCUCCCAGCCUUCUCCAGGCUGGCAGGAGCUGCCUCCAGGUUGCUGGCUUUAUCCUUCCUCCCCCAGGGCCCAGCUUCAGCUGCACUGGCAGGAAACAGGCUUCCUGCAGCCCGGACUUCCUCAUGGAGGUGCAGGGGCCACUGCAGCUCUGGCCUCAGCCUCAGGAUAACUCUGCUCUGGCCACUGUCUGUCUCAGGAACUCAGGGCUGCUGCUCACCUUGUUAGGUGGGCAGUGGGGUAUGCCUCUCUGCCCUCCCAUUCCUUCAGGAUCACUCAGAGACUAAGGAGGUCAGUUUCACAGGGUCACAGAGCCCUCUAGGAGUGAAGGCUUUGCCAGGUUCUGAGAUGCCACAGCUGAAGUGGCCCAGGCCCCACCUCAGACGCUGGGACCCAGGUCUCAGGAUGCUCCUGCCUGGCUGUGUGUGUGUUGGCACAGAGAACAGGGUGGAGGCCUGGUGGGAGUGCAUGUUGGGGUGUGUGUGGGGUGGUUUCUUCUGAGUCACAUACAAAUCGGUUGUGCUGAGACACUGCAUUCCUGCUGGCUUGGUUUCCUGUUUCCAGAGGCAUUCUUGCCCCUGAGUCACCACGGAGACUGCUUGGAAUCCCGCUCCACAUUCUCCAAAUUCAGGGCCAUUGGCAAAGGCGCCCUCCCCUUCACCUCCCCACCCUUUCACCUUGGAGGGAGGAAAACACCUGCCAGCACUGCCAGCACGGGGGCUGGGACAGCUGGGGUGGGGUGGGGUGGAUGUCAGGUAUCCUCCUGAACUUGCACUCAGCAUUCCCUGCCAGGCACAGCACUCUCGGUUUCCCUCUCUGCCUGUGAGAAGUAGAAGGGGGACAGAAGGGCAACCCAGGUGACCCAUGACCUAAGUAUCAAGGCUUUGGGACAUGAUCAGCAAUUCUGGCACUUGGUCUCAUUCUGCCUGCUCAGGUCUUGGCUAUGGGCCUCAGUUUCUCUAUCUUACCAAGUGAUAAUAUCUGAUAGUUGGUGGUUUUCUGACUAAGGCUUCUGCUGAUGGUGUUUGAGGACAGGAAGUAGAAGGGAGCAGAGAACUGUCUUCUCUCUCCCAGUUAAAAGCCACUCUCCUCCAGGGGCUCAGGCUCCAGCCCCUCCCCCAGAGGUGCAGGUGCAAGCCUGCACGUCCCCAGCUCCCUUAUCUGCCUCCAGGGUAUUUGGGUCCCGCUGGGAUUUUUCCAGUCCUGCCCCCUACCUCCGGAGUAGGAAGCUUUCUUAGAGGCCACAGCCUGUCCGGUCACCAGGCUGUCUCCCUGCUUGGGCUCCUUUAAGGAUGCGGAGUGGGUGGCGGAAUCCCACGGCCGACAGGGUGGGUGGGGACAGGGAAGAAUUUACACUUUGGCCCAGUUUCGGGUUGUUUCUCUGUCCUGGCUCACGUCUCCCCAGGCCGGGAACACCCACCGACCCCGCAGCUUUAGGACACCCAGGAUGUCAGGGGUUCAGACCUAGCCGGGGACACGCAAGUGCCCUGCAGUUGCAGUAAAGGAUUUCCCGCGGGGCAGGAAUCAAGGCCCCUUUCCUCGCGCCAGGCUCCGGAGAGAUUUGCCCAAGCCCCUGGGAGCCCGCGCUCUUCCCACAGUCCCACGUGGGGCUUUUUCGUUCCGGGCUCCGUCCUGUCCCCCCCGCCCCCGCCCCCGCCCCCGCGCUUCACUCCCCGGCUCCAGGAAGACAGCCCUGGCCUGUGGACUGGGGUAGGGGGACGGAGCGCCCCGAGCCCGCAGCGGAUCCGUGCCCUUACCCUAGUCCCACCAGGACUGGGGACGGCUGGGGUGGUGGGCCACUGGAGGUGGCCGCGCGCCCGCGCACCUUCGCCCCUCCUCCUUCCCCUUCCCACCCCGCCCCCCGCCGGGAGUGUCCCCGGGCCGCGCCCAGCUGGGUGCGGACUCGCGCGCGGAGCUGCCCCAGCGGCGGGGGACGGCCCGGGAGCGCCGGGCGGGCUGCGGCGGGAGCGGGCCAUGCUGGGCCGGCGGCGCGUCUUCGCCGUGGACGGCCGGGAUGGGGCUGGCCAGGACCUGGCACGUGGCUGCGUGGUGCCUGGAGUCACCAGCACCUACAGACGCAUCCCGGAUGUGGCUCAUGGGUGCUCAUCAGACUCCUGGCAGUGGGGUGGUGAGCUAAGAAGUGUUGAGAGGCAGGUGCCACUUCUCAAACUGGCCUCUCGGGACUCAGGAGUAGAGAUGGCCGUUGGGGACAGCCUCCUAGCCACCUUACCGGGCCUUACUCAGGACUCUCUGGACUUUGAGCCCCUGGGGAGCCCUGAUCUCCCCACCCAGCAAGGUCGGCUCUUGGCCAGCCAUAAACUGGAGCAGAUGCUGGAGCGGUCACACCAGCUCCCCACAGGGCCCGCCAACUUGUCAGGACAUCGCCGCCCCUUGCAGCCACCAAGCAAGCCUGAGUGUGAAGUGCCCCUUUUUGGAGCAGGGAAACAAGAGUCCAGUGAGGCAGACACAGAUGGAGAGGCCAGCCUGGAAGUGGCAGAGGCGGUGGGGGGCCUGGGGCCUGAAGCCUGGACCUGCCUCCCAGGGCAGGGUCUUCGAUACCUGGAACACCUGUGCCUGGUGCUGGAGCAGAUGGCAAGGCUCCAGCAGCUCUACCUGCAGCUGCAGUCCCAGAGGCCCCCUGGGGAUCCUGAAGAGGAGGAGUUGGCUGUGGCCCCUUCACCUUCACCCUCACAAACCCCAGGCAAUCAGGUGCAGGGGCCAUGGGAGCUACAAAGCCGGACAGAGGAGUCAGGGACAAAGGCAGCUUCACCCCCAAAGAUGAGGGUGCCCAACACUAGCCAUCCCAAGUUGGCAGAGGCCCCCAUGGAACCAACUCAUGGCUUUCCAUGCUCCCAGGGACACAAGCAGGAUAUCUCCCACUGGGACAAAGUCAAGGUCCUACUCAAUCGAAUCCGCUGGAGGAGCCAUCAGCAGCCUGAGCCGCCUGCCCCUCCUGGUAGUUCUGGCCUCUGGAUUGAGCCCAGGAACCACCUUCCUGAUAGGCCUCAGAGCUGCAUCCACCGGAAAACCUUUAUGCCAUCAUUAGUGGUUAAGAAGCAACGAGCAAAACACCUUUCUGUAUGCUGAGACUUGUUGGUGAUCCUGGGUGGAGGAGACUUGCUGUGAAGUCUUUGUCCUAUUGCUACUUCUCCUCACUGCCAGGAAAAGCUAUUGACACUUGCCCUUCUUUCUGUGGCAAGGACUGGAUCUUUCUCCCCAAAACAGUUCAGCAGAGAAGACUUGGUUCCCUGAGAGGCCUCCAAGAUCUGGCAGCUCCAGGGCUCCUCUUUGCCAGAAUCUCUGGGUCUAGACAAUCUGAACUAACUGAUCAGGCAUCCAUAGCAUGUAUUUGGCAUGGUCUGGGCCCAGUACAUUGUACAUGGGUAUUUAUGAACAAGGAGAUAUCUCUCUCUGUGGGACUGUCAGUGUUGUGAACUGCCUAGAUCCAAUCAUCUCUGGAAUCAUGCACACAAAGGUUUGUCUUUUGCAGGAGGUAAUUGCCUAAGGAUGGAACCGACCUUUGUUCCGCAGUGGGCGGUUCCUGAACUUCCUCCUUAUGGCCAAACUGGCAGCCCUGGACAGAGGAUGGUGCUGCGCUGACCACCUCUGCAUAGAGUUUUGCUCCCGCUGGAGCAGACCCCUGGAAGACUGUAGCAGGAAUUGGGAAGAUUGGGGACAACAGGUGGAACAGCAGAGUAACCUUCAAAGUCUGUUCUCAGCUGCUGUGCUCCAUACUAACUUUUACGUGUCAGAACUGAAACCAAAAGCUCAUACCACUUUUUAGACCUGACAAAGUUUCAACUUUCCUGAGCCACAGCUUCCCACAUGGAAUAAUGAUUUUGCCUUACCUACCUCACAGGCUUGUUUUGAGGAUGAAAUGAGAUUAAACUGCCUCAAAGUC